AUCAGUUAAACCCGAAAUUUCAUCGCUAUUGGAAGUUAUUUGCAUCGAAAGUGAAAAUGCGUUCAGUGAUUUUGUUAGGCCUCAUUGUCUGCCUGGCUUUUAGCCUGGUUUUGGCGGAGUCCGAGAGUCAGUCUAAUGAUCUGUCGUCUGUGGAAAGGGAUAUUGGCCAGGCUGUGGAGUCCGAGGUGCGAGCUAAGCGACAGUUUGGAUUCGGCGGAUUCGGAGGAGGUUUUGGCCGAGGAUUUGGCUACAGAAGACCCUUCUAUGGAGGCUAUGGCGGCUAUGGAGGCUAUGGUGGCUUUGGAGGCUAUGGUGGCUAUGGCGGCUAUGGAGGCUACGGUCGUCCCUUCUACGGAGGCUAUGGUGGUCCCUUCGGCUUCUACGGCUAAAUAUUUUCCAACAAUAAACGAAGACUGAAACUGAAAA